GUCUCCUGAAACGGUUUCAGUCUUCAGAUUCGUUCGUUCUUGGUUCCCUCGCACCAAAGCACGCUCUCUCAGUCCUUCUCUUUCCCUCCAAAGCCUCUCAAUAUAAAACCACCUCUACCCUCGCUUCCCACCAAAUUCCUCUCUCUCUCUCUCUCUCUCUCUCUCUCUCUCUCUCUCUCUCUCUCAAACAAGAGAUAGAGAAGGAGGUUCUCUUCUCUUUGCUGCUUCAGCAAUAAUCCAAGAGCUCAAAAUGCAAAAGGAUCAAGCGGCCUCCACCGCCCACGGCGGACACACCAGUGACAUAACCACAACCAUCAUAUCCUCCCCAUUGAAGUCCCAACUUCAUCCAGACGGCGGCGGAUACACCUCCCUCUACUCCCCUAUCUUCCCUACCAAAUCCUCCCUCUCUGUGUCCUCCUUCUCAGACUUAGGCUUCUCCGACUCGAGCUCAACCGUCGUCUCCAACCACCUCUACCACUCCCGCUCCGUACAGGAGCACCAGGAGAUCGUGAACCGCCAUUCUCUCUGCCUCACUCACCUCCACGAGGCCACAAUAGAAGCCGAGGCCCUCCGCCGCGAGAACACGCACCUCCGCGCCGUGAACUGCGAGCUCAACAAGUACCUCGGCCUCUUCAUCCAGCUCGGCUCGCCCUCCGCCGACUACACGGCACCGUUUGGGCUUCUGGACGCGUUUCGCGGUCUUAGUAUUGGGGGCAAGGGGAGUGCUGCUUGGGAUGACGUGGCGGAUGCGAGCCCAACGAGCGUGAUCGAGAGCGGAAGGGUCCAGAAUGUUGACGUGGAAAGGGGGCGGUUCUCGUUGCCCAAGAGUAUCUCUGUGAGGUCCAGUGGUUACAUGAAGACAGCGCCUCAUCAGGCCAGUGCUAGAGGUGGAGGUGGAACUCGGAGCGCGACUCGGUUUCCCAGUACGAGUCCACUCAAUGUUACGCAAAAGGUGUACGUGCCUGGAGGGAAGAAAGAGGAGGAGCCACUUGAACUAGAAGUGUACAACCAAGGCAUGUUCAAGACGGAGCUGUGUAACAAAUGGCAGGAGACCGGUGCGUGCCCUUACGGAGAUCAGUGCCAGUUUGCUCAUGGCGUUGAGGAGCUCCGCCCAGUCAUCCGCCACCCACGCUACAAGACUGAGGUCUGCAGGAUGGUCCUUGGUGGCGUUGUGUGCCCCUACGGUCAUCGAUGCCACUUCCGUCAUGCGCUCAGUGAGCAGGAGAGAGCCAUGGGUCCGCUUAUGCCAAGGGAAGUAAAGCUGGACAGGUAAAUACAUUAUCGCACAAAAAUAAAUGAUGAUGAGAAUGUUGAGUUCAGAAACUGUGACGUACGAGUAAGGCGGAGAUGUUUAUAAAGCGUCAGAUGAGAAUGGUACAUAAUAAUAAUACUCAAGAUGUAGCAAGUAUACACAUGGACAUACACGAUAAGAAUAAGUACUGUGAUAAGCUAGAAUGAGUAAAUUUUUUGGGAGGUUUUAAUCUCUGGCCCGGAAGGUGGAGUUAGAGAGAUGUGCUCUUCUUUUUUAAGUAUUCCAUUUUGUUCUAUUAAAAAUUG